AUGGCAGCAGAGCUCACGUCUACAAGGCUCAAUCCAGAGAGUCAUAUUAUCCUGGACCAACCACUCCUUCGACUACCACAUGAACUAGCCCGCAGAAAUUUGAAAACUGUACAACGAGCUGUCGAGCGAGAGAAAGAAUAUGUCAUCCCUGCAAUCAAAGAGGCCGCCGCCGCCUCACUCUCCAACACCCAAACACCCGACCAGACCCUCGCUGCACUCGACGCAAUUAUAUCCCGAAUGCAAGGCCUCAAAAGGAAAAUGGAAAGUCUUCAAGAGGAAGAGAAGAAAAUUCACAAUCAAUCUCGCAAGCGCAUUCAGCACUUGGAGACCCUGUAUAAUAUCCCAAGCCUAGCCGAUGUCAAGUACGAUCAGUGGUCAAGGAUACGGCUCGACCGCUUACUCGUUGAUCAUAUGCUGCGCUCAGGUUACUCCGAAAGUGCGAAGCAGCUGGCCCAGGUUAGGGGAGUGGAGGAUCUUGUGGAUGUCGGCGUGUUCACGCAGUGUCAACGGGUUGUGGAUAGCUUGCGGCGCGGGGAAACCAAGGAGGCAUUGCAAUGGUGUGGAGAGAAUAAGGCUGCACUGAAGAAGAGCCAGCAUAAUCUUGAAUUCGAACUCCGGUUGCAGCAAUAUAUUGAGAUGGUCAGGACACAAGACAAGUCCAAGAAGAUUGAGGCAAUAAUUCAUGCAAAGAAAUACCUCAUACCGAACCAUCAAUCCCAGAAUUCUGAGAUUAUGCGAGCUGCAGGGCUACUAGUUUUCACACAAGACACAAGAGCCGAGCCUUACAAAUCAACGUCGACAUCUGUGUGCCCUAUCUGCUCAACCGAACUGAACGAGCUUGCACGCAAAAUGCCGUACGCCCACCACUCAAAGAGUUAUGUGGAAAGCGACCCAAUCGUUCUACCAAAUGGCCGAGUCUACGGAAAGCAAAGACUGAUAGAGAUUAGCCAGAAGAUGGGAUCAGUGGAAUCAGGCAACGUCAAAGAUCCAACAACAGGCCAGGUUUUCCACGAGAGCGAAAUGAAGAAAGUGUACAUAUUGUAA